AUGAUACUAUCAAAAGUGGACAGUUACACGGUUUUCAUCGAUAUGUUCUUCUACUUCAUUAGCGGUAUUGCGCUACUAUCAUGGAAUCACCUUACCUUGACUUACCAACAAACCAAUGACGAAGCUGUUGGCCAAGUUAAGCCAGGGUAUCAUGACAAAAGUAUUCUAGUUCCUCAUGAACAACAAGUUUACACGUAUAUUAUGCAAGAUUAUGAAUCGUCUGUAAGACCCUUGAAAAACAUCUCGGAAAAGUUGACAGUGAAAAUACGUAUACGAUUACAACAAAUUGGUGGUUUAAAUGAACGUAAUCAAGUUUUAACAACUAUCAUUUUUCUUGAACAGACAUGGGAAGAUGUAUAUUUAAAGUGGAAUGAAUCAGAAUUUGGCAAUGUCAGAACUUUACGUAUACCAGCUAAACAAAUAUGGACUCCAGACACAUAUGUAUUUAAUAAAUGA